UUUCCUUUGGCACGCUUGGUCGCUCGAGCGGUUGCAGGUCGUCAAUGGUGGACUGUUGAUGUCGCCGCGUCAUAAUUUGACAUUGUUUUUCGAGGCGCCGCCGUCGGUUGCAACCACACAUCGCGUCGCAUCGCAUCGUGUCGCAGUUAAAAGCAAAACAGCAGCAGCAAGCAGCGCAACAUUUGCAACAUCGAUUGCCAACCGUGAAAUGCUAUGCUAGAUUGUGAAAUAAAGUCGCAUACCAAUACAAACUUAUAUAUCCCGAUAUCCCGAAAAGGGGAACAAAAUAAGAAGAAAGUUUGCCCUAAACAAGAGUGAAAGAUGGAAAAAACCAAACUCAAUAAGAUUAAAGUGUGUGCAAAAUCAGUUAACAGCAGCAAAAGCAGCAGCAGCAAUAGAAGCAACAACAAAUGAGUGAAUUAUAGUGACAAAUGAAUAAAAGCGAAAAGUGACAGUGAAUAAUGUUGAGAGCGCCCACUCAGCACAUCGUGCAAAUCGGCUUCGGAACGAAGACGACCACAACAACCACAACAGCAGCAGCAGCAGCAACAGCAGCAUCUGCAGCAGCAGCAACAUCGACAGCAGCAGCAGCAACACCAAGCGGCAAGCAGCAGCAGCAGCGGAAAACGCUGUUGCAACGCUUCCGGCAGCAGCAACACAAGUUGCCAAAAGUCGCAGCAGAGAAGACACAUGACACAGAAUAUUAUUUCAAGCAGCAACAGCAGCCGCAGCAGCAUCAGCAAACUUCUUCCUAUCAGCAAGGCGACAAUUGUUUGUUGUUUCUUGCAACAGCGUUGAACUCAAACUCGGAGCAGUUGCUGAAGAAGCCGAAGAAGAAAAAGGAGUCGAGCAGCUACAAUUUCGCAGCAGCACUGAGGCGCAACAAGAAGCCAAAACAACAGACGCAGCAGCAACUGGCAACUUCCACGGACGACGACGACAGUUGCCGCAGCAUCAAUAGCAUCAACAGCAACUGCAGCAACAGCAACAGCAGCACCAGUGGCGGCAGCAGCCACAGUUUGUCUAAUAGUUGCAUUAACAAUCAUAACAACACUCAUUAUAGAAACAGUAAAAACAGCAGACACACCAGUAGCAACAACAACGACUACAGUGGUAAUUACAAUUGCAAAACAAGCGAACAACAAGCGUGGAAAGCCAGUGCAGCACAACAACUGCUCAUUAGCGAUCGGAAUUAUCCCAGCAGUAUCAACACCAACAACAAUACCAACAACACCAAAUACACCAACAACACCAACAGAAGCAGCAACAACAACCACAACCACAGUGGUGGCCACAACAUCAUGUCACCCACCUCGCAGGCGCCCACCCGAACCUCCCUCUUCGAUUCCUGUCAUCGAAAGAUCCGCCUGAUCGGCGGCGGUCCAGUUGCCUUCUUGGGCGGAUUGGUUGCCAAGGCCCGUCGCAAGGAACGCGAUGGCGAUCAAAAUUCAACAGACACCAAAUUGUACUUGGAGGAAAGUGUCCUAGAACGUAAAUUACCUGAAGCUGAUCUCAAAGCCCUAGUGGAUCUUCCAGCUGGUUUGGACUACAAUGAAUGGCUAGCGUCACACACCCUCGCUCUAUUUGAGCACGUGAAUUUGGUCUAUGGAACUAUUAGUGAAUUUUGUACACAAUCCGGUUGCGCUGACAUGACCGGACCCGGCAACAGAACGUACUUAUGGUUCGACGAGAAGGGCAAGAAGACGCGCGUCGCAGCACCACAGUACAUCGACUAUGUGAUGACGUUCACCCAGAAGACGGUCAGCGAUGAGUCGAUAUUCCCAACCAAAUACGCCAACGAGUUCCCCGGCUCGUUUGAGUCGAUUGCGCGGAAGAUACUACGCUUGCAAUUUCAUGUGAUAGCGCAUCUGUAUGCGGCGCAUUUCAGAGAAAUCGCGCUGCUCGGCUUGCACACCCAUCUAAAUCUGACGUUCGCGCACCUCACCGCUCUGCAUCGGCGCUUCAAUUUGAUCGACGAGAAGGAGACGGACGUGCUGCGCGACCUUGAGGUGGCCCUGCGCCUCACCGAUGACACCGGUGGAUGCCAGGAUGCUACCUCCACGACGUCGUCGGUCCAUGACCACUCCUCCGGCGAUCUCCACCAUCAGGCGCUGCAACAGCAGCAGCAGCAGCAACAGCAGCAACACCAUAACAGCAGCAGCAACAGCACCUCCUCGGCGGAGGCGUUGCACGUCAAUUCACAAAGCAACAAUGGCAGCACAUCCGCCUCGGCAUCGGUGUCCCUAAUCGAUGGCGAUGCGGUGGCGCCGCCAAUUUGCACGCAACCCGAGGCGGGAGCGGGCUGCAAGCCAGCGGGCAGCAGCGGAUUGCUGGGCGGUAUACUGGGCGACCUGACCAGCGGCGAAUUUGGUGAUACAACGCGCUACUGCACCUCGGCAGUUCCUCAGGCGGCGGCAGCAGCGGCAGCGGGUGCGGGUGCGGGUGGGGUUGGGGCAGCGAUCGGUGCCACGGAUGCUGCCGCAUUGAACAACGGCGCGGGCGCACUACAUUUAAACUUUAGCAACAAUAAUAACAAUAAUCAUAAUCUGAAUCACCAUCACCACCAUCAUCACCACCAUGGCCACCAUGGCCACCAUCACGCGGCCCAGCAGCACCAGCAGCAGCAACAGCACAGUGGACUCAUACAGUGCAAUGCAGCAGGCGGCGGAGGGAAUGCAACAGGGGUAGCCACUGGCGGAGCAACUGCAGCAGCGUCCUCGACCACCACGGCAUAGUGGGGUAGUAGCUACGAAGAGAGCAGCAGCGGCGGCAGCGGCAGCAACAGCAACAACAAAAAACAUUAGAAAUACUAGAUUUACGCAAAAAUGUUAUUUAAUGUUACUUCUAUGAUCCUAAAGUUGAAAAUAUUGUAAAAAUAAUAAAAAAAAAAAAAAAAGAGAAAACAUUAAAAUGCAUAAACAGCUAAUUGCAAACAACAAGCGCAGGCAUUACAUAAAUGACACACAGCUACUAAGUUAUUCAAAAGCUAAUCGAAGUUGGCAUCGUAGUUCCGUAACGUUGAUUUAGAUAUGUACUUAUUGUAUAGAACGACAGAGAAGAGCUGCAAGCAUAGAGUUUAGAGUUGUCGCGUGCUUAUGCUUUACACGUAUUUUAACCUUUCUCUUCUGCAACAAAUAAAAUGUCCUGACUGAAGCCAGAGUGCAAAUGCAAAGUCAACGCCUUCAAGGCAACCAUAAUAAAGAGUUUUGAACUGCUACAAAAGAUGACAAGAGUUCACUUUUAAAAACUUAUACAGCAACAGAACGCUCUCAUUUCAGCUUGGUUCUCUUUAAAUAUUGUUUAAAGCCAAACUUCAUACAUUAUUUACCUCAAGAAAUACGUUUAAUAAACCUCACUUAUAUGAUUAUAGUUGUUUCAAAACGUAGCACUUUCUAGUGACAUUACUUUUUCAUAUAUUUUCAGUAACGAUUUUUAGUAGGCUUCCAAUUAGUUGGUUGUUGUUUAAGGAACUGUAACUACAUUAUUUUGUAAUAUAUUGUGUUGUAAUUCGAAUCUAAGCAGUCACGUUUUAAAAUAGACCGACUACUGGUUCAAUUGUUCAGGAAUAUAGACACACAUAUUCUACUAGGCGGUGAAACGCGUUUUAAAAUAGCUAACUCACCCGUAUUUUACAUGCAGUGUACUUGGCACAGCCAGCCUGAAAGUAUGCACCGAAAAGUUAACUACACAAACAGCAGAAUGGCGCCUAUCGGUAUGCACCAAAUAUGUCACAACUUACGUACCACACACGUUCACACACACACACCCACACCCACAAAUCGCACCGAAUAAUCUCCGAAAAGUAUGCAGCGGAAAUCACAAUCCACACGUUGUUAAAGUAUGGCAAUUUUAAACCAAGUUUUUGCAAUGAUUGGAAACAUUUAAUAAAUAAAUAUGUAGGGAGAUAACAGAUUUAUGCUUCGGAUUUCUAACCAAUUAAACAGACGGGACUUGUAUGUUGUGCUGUAUUGUGUUGUGUUUAUAUACCCAUAACAAGAACCAAUGGCAAUGAAAGAAACUUACUUUAGAAACAGAAACAGAAGCGCUCGACGUACUUAGUAUAUUAGAAGCCAAUUUUUGUGUAGUACAACGGUUCACCUGUCCCGAUGUAGAUAAUUGCAACUCGAUCCACUCCAGUUUCACUGAACUGCUGUCCAGGCCUAAGCUACAAAAAAACUAUACUCUUAACGACACCCACUUUCAAUCUGUUGAACUUUAAAAGCGAUGCAAUGAACUCGAACACAAAAAACCAAAAAACAAAAAGAACACAAGGCAAAUGAUACAUGUAUUUAUAUGUAGGUAUGUGAGUUAUUAAUAGAAUACAGGUGGAAUUAAAUGCAAAGACAAACCUUUUAAGUCAGCAAAAACAAAUAAAAGCAAACAUGGCAAAAGCAUGAGAGAAGAUAAUAAAAUAAACUGUUAUGUUCAAUUGA